CUGCCCCAGAGGAAGACAACUGCGAUUCAGCCUAUUUGACUAGAAGCACCAACUUCAAAUAUAUCCUUAUUUAUUGUUAAGAGUACUAUAUCUAAGAUGAACCAAAAUUUAUUCCAAAAUUAUUUCACUGUAGAAUAUAAAAACUAAGGCAACAUGCAAAAUUUAAUUCAUCUUUAGUGCCAAUGAACAUUAUUUCAUUUGCUACAAAAUUCUUCGACAUGAAGUUUUCUGUGCCCGAAAGAGUAUAUUUAAGAGUUUCAGCUAAGAUGAUAUAGGCUAAAUUCUGUCUAAAAAUGCUUAAACAGUAAUAAAGAGGCCCGUACGUGACAACUGACAUGAAUGUCCGUUUAAAUUUGGCGCUGAAGAUGGCGGCGGCGCGCUAUAGGACUGAGGCGCAGAAGAAAAGACGCCAGCAGGUCGCGGCAGCAUCGGGGCCGUCGAGUUUACACAAUAUGCGCGAGAGGAAGAACAGGAAAACCGCAAUUCCCGACUUUAUAUUCGGCCUUUUCGUGUCUCCAACACCCGCAGCAUGUAAAAACCCAACGAUACGCCGCCAAAUGCGAAGGCUGAGGCCGAACACUGGCUUUGUGUUUUGACCACGAGAAAUGUGGCGCUGCUUCGAGGACUGACGAGACGUUUUUUAAACAAAUGGAAAAGAGACACUCCAAAAGCUUUCCGUGGAUUUUACGUGGAUUUCUGCAUUGAUCCCCCUUUUUAGUCGCCAUGGAUAUUUAAAUUUGGGAUUCUCCCCUUGCGACUGUUCGAUCGCAAGAAGAACAGAGACUAAUCCAGCAAUCGGCCGGGAUAACAUUGCCUGUCUACCUCGACAUAUUGCUUACCAGGGAUUUAAAUCAUCACGUGUUAGGAACGACAAGGGGUUCAUCAAAAUUAAUGUUCACUGUCUGAUCGCUUAACGAAUUCAUUUGAAGAGAGCAAGAUGAGCACGGAAAGGCCGAAGAGAAAUAUCAUUCAGAAGAAAUUUGAUGAUAACGACGGGAUUCCCUGGUCAGAGGAGCGAGUCGUGCGCCGAGUGCUCUAUCUCUCGCUCAAAGAGUUCAAGAGAGCUCAGAAGAGCCGUGUUGACAAUGGAACAGGAAUAAUAAAGCGUUCCUUUGUGAAUGGACAUCUCAAUGGGUCAGGAGUGAAAACAGGACUUUUUGCGAGCAGCUGCAAGGCGGAAAGGCCUCGACGCUCAGCUCAGACUGACAGUGAAUUCUCAGGAGAAGGACCCGUGAGAAAGAGACCAAGGCUGCAAGCACAGAGAAAAUUUGCCCAAUCUCAGCCGAGCUCUCCUCAUGCCACUCCAGUUAAACUCCUUGAGGCCAUACCACCCAGUCCUAGCCUUCCUCUCAGUGAUCUCACCAAGUGCAAACCCAAAACAGAGGACUUUCUCACCUUCCUCUGUCUAAGAGGUUCUGCUGCAUUGCCCAAUAAUAUGAAGUACUUUGGGAGUGCGCACGAUGAUGAAGACGCUGAUGAAGAGGAAGAAGAAGAAGAAGUAGAAGAAGAAGAGGAGAAUGAACGAAAGAAACCGUCUGCUAGUAACAUUACAGCUUACUGUCAGGUCACUCCACGCAAGACUAAAGCUCCUAGCAGAGUCAUCACAAAUGGAAAUGUGUUUAAUGGGCAUUCCCGGCCAAAUGGGGAACGGGAGAGAAGCCUGAGGGUCAGGGGGAAAGACAGAGAGAGAGGUUCAGAAACAACCAGAGCUUCAAGCACACACAAUCUACGGCCCAGCAAACCUGCACUGGAACACAAACAGCAGCCCCAUAAAGUGACCAGACCCCAGCGAGCCGCUUCAGCUAACAGUCGGAAGGCACGGAAGGAAGAUUUGCCACCACUUCCCCUGACCAAAUCUGUGAAAUACCCCAAGGGCCACGUGACCUACACCAAAGCCAGACUGUUGAAAGAGGCGAAGCUAGAGCUAAGUGCCCAGAGGCGGCACUUGAGUUCACAACACACCAACACACACCUUCAGCACAAUAACUCAGGAAAAGCCCAAACUGGUCGCAGCAGGACACAAAAACAGUUGCCACCGUCAGCCACAGUCAGACGCAGUGGACUGCGACAAUCGAAGAGGCAGCUGGAGAUGGCGGUGGUUAAACCGAACCAAGCAGGGAAUGAAGUGGAGGUCAAAAGGGUCAAGGUGCAGGUCAUUCCUCUGGAUACACGGAGCAGGAGAGCUGCUCAAAAGACCUUGCAUAAAGGAACAAUGGAACUGCGAGUGACAGGAUCCCAGAGACCCAAAAGAGCCUCUGCUGGGAAGUUACCGCUUGUCAAACGGACGCAGUGUAAAGCCACAACUCGGGGCAAGAGCAGCUCCGCUACCUCAGCUCAUCAUCACCACAGGGACGUCCUGAAACCAGCCACAAUUGCCAAACCAGCCAAGCCUCUGAGACCCAGCGAGCCUAUCAAAACAAACAAUCCUACUGACCCCGGUGACUCACUUAACAUAGCCAAAUCUCCCAAACCAGCAGAGCCCAAAGUUGCUCAGGAUAAGGAGCGAGGCAAGUGUGGCAGCGUACCGGAGAUGACAGAGGUUCCUGUGUUCCAUCCAAGCCCACGUGAAUUCCACGACCCUUUGCCGUAUGUGGAGCUGGUACGUGAGCAGGCCGAGCCCUUUGGUCUCUUUCGGGUGGUUCCACCAGCUGGGUGGCGGCCUGAGUGCAAGUUGAAAGAGGAGAUGCGUUUUGUCUCACAUGUACAACAUGUGCACAAGCUGGGCCGACGAUGGGGCCCUAACGUGCAACGGCUUGCCUGCAUCAGGAAACACCUGCGUACUCAAGGCAUCAAUAUGGAGGAGCCACCAUUAAUCGGUGGCUGUGAAUUGGACUUAGCCCGAUUCUUUCAGCUCCUGAAUGACUUGGGUGGCAUGCAGCAGGUGACAGACCUGAAGACGUGGGGCCGUCUCGCUGACCUGCUGGGCAUCCCACGCUCUGCACAGGACCGGCUCGCCAAGCUGCAGGAGGCUUACUGCCAAUACCUGCUCUCUUAUGACUCAUUGUCUCUGGCACAGCGAGCUCAAUUAGAGAAGGAAGUGCUGGCUGAGAAGGAGAGCCUGGAGAGGAGAAACGGGCCCCUGGAGGGACAGGCAGACAUAUUGCAACAUGCUGCACUGCUCCUACCACGCUGCGAACCCAAGAAUGGCCUGGUGAAUGGUGCUCUUCACCGGAGUGGUGUACGAGAACGCCUCAGAGAGCUUGACCCCAUGGCCAGGAAUAGCCGCCAGGGACGGCAGGAGAGAAAAGAAGAAGGUGGCAUACUGACCGAUCUGCACAAAUGCAUAUACAAGGGGAAAUCGUUCUCUCUAACAACUUUCUACCGGGCAGCAAGGAAUACCAUGAAUAUGUGUUUCAGCCGGGAGCCAGACACAGCUGAAGUAGAGCAAGAGUACUGGAGACUUGUAGAAGAAAAAGAAUGCCAUGUUGCAGUGCACUGUGGGCGAGUGGAUACAAAGACUCAUGGGAGUGGAUUUCCUGUGAGCAAGUCUGAGCCAUUUUCAAAGCAUGGAUGGAAUCUUACUGUGCUUUCCAAUAACUCAGGAUCCAUCUUGCGUCACCUUGGUGCUGUGCCAGGAGUGACCAUCCCCUGGCUGAAUAUAGGCAUGGUGUUUUCUACCUCAUGUUGGUCCAGGGACCAGAACAGCCUUCCAUACAUAGAUUAUCUACACACUGGUGCUGAUUGCAUUUGGUACUGUAUUCCUGCCGAUGAGAUGUCAAAACUUGACAAAGUAGUUCACACACUGCUGCAGGCCAAUGGAACCCCCGGGCUCGAGAUGCUGGAGAAGAACAUUAUGAUCUCUCCAGAGGUGCUACGUCGAGAAGGGGUGAAGGUGCACCGGACGGUGCAGCAGAGUGGCCAGUUCAUGGUGUGUUUCCCUGGGACCUUCGUGUCCAAGGUGUGUUGUGGCUAUAGUGUGUCUGAGACAGUGCAUUUUGCCACAGCUGAGUGGAUGAAGUUGGGCUAUGAGGCAGCGAAGGACUUGAAGAGAAGGCGCAUAGAGGAACCGUUUUCCACAGAGAAACUGCUCUGCCAGAUCGUCAUGUCUGAACCCAGACAGGAAAACAAACAUCUUCUGAAUGCAGCUUCCUCACUUGUUGUAGAUCUCAGGGACACAGAGAUUAGCCAGCGGCGGCAGCUUUUUAAUGCCGGUCUCAGGCUUUCUGCCCGUUAUGGAAACCAGCCUGAUGGCCAGUUUCCCACAGAGAGGAAGAAAACGCACCGCACCAGGCUGAGCGAAGACAUGGCUGACCGACGCUGCCAGGUGUGCCAGCACCUCUGCUACCUCUCCAUGGUGGUUCAUGAAAGUGAUAAUGUAGUGUUCUGUCUGGAGUGCGCUCUUCGCUACAUUCAGAAGCGCAGGUCCCCUCGAGGUCUGAAAAUGAUGUUUCGUUACACUGAGGAGCAACUCAGCAGUUUGGUAAAUCAGGUGUGCGGGAAAACAUCUGAAAGGGCUGGGGAUAAGCGGAAAGCGGCUUAUCCCAGUAUGCCACCAGCAAAACGAAGUCCCCGAAACAAGAGCCCAAACCAGGCCUCGCUCUCACGCUCUGCCUCGAAAAACACCAAACUGUCUUGACCAAACUGUUAAACCAUUCCCUCGUUCCUGACGUCACAAUUCGUGCUGGCGCUCCAGUUCACUCCAGUUCCAUUUCACUUGGCAUGUCCCUACUACGUUUGUACCAUCAUGGCGGCAAGAUACUAAAAACACAGUUAAAAGUGUAACAUGAUGUUGUUACGGGGCACUUUUAUACCAGGUAUGCAUAGUUACUAGCAGGAGGCAUUAAAAUGAACUGAAUGUAUGGGAAGUAAACACACACACACACACACACACACACACUAAGUAGUAAGGAAAGCAGUUGUUGGGGACAUCUGAGUGAGACUGAGGAGCCCGAUCACACAGAAAUCUUUUUGCACUAGUACGGAGAUUGCGGUUUUUUUAGAGUAUUUUUGAGUUGUUUCAGCGUUCAAUUUAAAUAUAAAUAUACAUAAAUAUGAAUAUAUCCUAUACUGUACCAUUUGUGUUGAACUGGUGCUGUAGUGUCAAAUCUUCCAUAAGGCCUUCCAGGCUGUUUCUCUUGCGCUCACCCAUGUGGAUAGUUUUAUUUAAGGUCAAAGACCAACAUGUAUGAUCAAGCCCCCUUUAAUGUCAGAUACAAUAAACAAUAGUUAUUAGCAGCCUGAAAUACUGAGAUAUAUAUAUAUAUAUAUAUAUAUAUAUAUAUAUAUAUAUAUAUAUAUAUAUAUAUAUAUAUAUAUAUAUAUAUACACAUAUAAAACACUUUUUUUCUCCCUGUGGUAUAUGAAGGCGUGUGAUUCUGAUCUUGUUAGUGGAUUUUUUUACUGCACAUUUUCUGCUGGGCAACUCAAAGGUCUUGCUAAUGCAUUUGGACUCAUUUUCAAAGCACAUUUUGAGGCCUUUUUCCAAACGAAAUUCAAUCUGAAAUAAGCUACUUUGAUAAAAGCUAUAUUGAGAGUGAUGCCCAGAGUAGUUUGUACCUAUAUUUUAAGCAAUUAGAGCUAUUGAAAUAGUUAAAGAAGCACUUUCCCUUUUCACCAUUAAGUCUUGUUCCUCUGGUUCAGUCUUUGUGAUUGGUGAUUAGUGUCCCCCUUUACCAUGUAGAAUACUCCCUCCUUUACAGAGAAUAUGCUUUUGUUUACAUAGAAUAAAUAUUAUAACAUUAGAGUCUAAUGCAAAUGUCUCAAAAUGUUUAUAUGCCAAUAAAUUCUGUCACCUAAAAUAAAGCCUUUUGAGAGAAAGGUGUAUAAGAGUUUGGAUGAGGAAACCAAGAUGAAGAAAAAGCCUUAUUCCCCUGUUGCUUUCUUCGUCUCUAUGAGUUUAGAUGUUCACAGGGUUGCUGUUGUAACAUAUGAAAAGAAAGUGCUGCUUAAUCACUGAAUAAGUACGUAAUAGUGGUGAGCCCUAGUUUUUUAGCUUUACUUUUUUAUUCAAAGGGAAAAAAAUCUUUUACCAUGUAGUAGCUUACCAUAAUGCACUGACUGUAAUGAAGUCCCGUAGUCCUGCCUAGUUGUCCUCCUCUUCAAAAAGACUGGUGUUUGAGCAUAGUAUAACUGAACAGUGUUUCCAAACAAAUGUGGUUGUAAACUUUUUUAUGGCCUUAAAAUGUUUUCGAUCACUUUUCCCUGUUUUCUACCGUAAAAUUCUUGCUUGGCUUACUUUUUAUUUAUAAGCGUUGAUUCUCAGUCUUCAAUCUUCUAGUGUUGUUUUGGUUACUGGCCUUUUUUACUUUUCAGGUUUGUAUAAUUUUGUUGUAAUAAACAAAUCACUGUCAAUCCUUCAAAACUGUUAUGUUUUUAUGUCUAAUAUGUUUGUGAGUGUGCUCAAUAAUAAUAGUAAUAAUAAUAAUAAUAAUAAUCAUCAUCAUCAUCAUCAAUCAUCAUCAAUCAUCUAGCUUUUACACACUUUUAAACAGUAUUACACUAGAGCUAGACAGAACUGGAGUUGACCCUGAAUCUAAGUUGUGUUGAUAAUUGAUUAUAUGACAUAUUUAUAGACACUGCAAAAUACCCUCAGUCUCCUCAUGUUUAUAUUCAGUUUAGGCAGCAAAGUCAUUGCCAUUCAGAAGGCAGAAUAAAUCUACUGUUGUACAUGGUGUUUUUAACACAUUACUAUGCAACAUUGCCUGCAUAAGUCCCACACUGAAUGUUCUGUAAAAGUGAGACAGACAGGACGUUCACUUUGAUUAGACCAGCUGGAGAAUACAUUUACAGAUGGGGGUUUACUGUCUGCCUCACUGCUAACAAUAUCUUUAUGGUUUGAUUAUGGUUUUACUGUUUGAAACCAUAAUGUUUAUUGCCAGAGGUAAUUUCCAUUGUGAAAUACAAUAUAACUAGAGGAAUUAAGCAGGCAGGUAUAUGUAUGUAAUUUUAUAGUUAGUUAGCUAUAUGCAGUAUAUGGCCAACAGUAUAUGGACACCUGACCAUCAAACCCAUAUGUGGGUCUUCACCAAACUGUUGCCACAAAGCUGGAAGAGUUAUAUAGAAUGUCUUUGUAUGCUGUAGCAUUACAAAUUCCCUUCACUGGAACUAAGAGGCCCAACCCUGUUCCAGCCUGACAAUGCCCCUGUGCGCCUCAACCCCACUGAAUGCCUUUGGAAUUAAUUGGAACACGCCUGACAUCAGUGCCUGACCUCACUAAUGCUCUUGUAGCAGAAAGCGUAAAUCCCUACAGCCAUGCUCCAAAAUCUGGUGGAAAGCCUUCUCAGAUGAGUGGAGGUUAUUAUAACAGCAAAGAGGGACUAAAUCUGGAAUGAGAGCUUUAAAAAGCAGGUGGUCAGGUGUCCACAAACUUGUGACCAUAUACUGUAGGUGAAAUUUUUUUAUUAUUGUAUGCCUAUUUUCAUUUCAAUCCUAGCAGGAAGAGAAGAAGAAAAUUACCACAAAAACUCUAGCAUAUUGGCGGUGGAUGGGACAGCUCAAUGCUAACAGUAUAAAUGAAACACAUAGUGGAUGAACUGAUAUUUAACUGCAAUGUGCAGAAAUGAUAGGAUUUUACAAGAAGCCAGCGGUGUGUAUAAGCAUACUUUAUAUAACUUUUAAAAAAUUAAAGUGCCUAUCCAUUCUGCAGUCCAGCUGCACAUAAACUGUUUACAGCUGCAGUGCAAGUGUAGUCAAUUAUUCAUCUUUCAUAUCCAGUGCCUUUCCCCUUCAGCUUUUCCAGCAGGACAAUUUUACUCACAUUUGCUCUGACCACUGCUUUAGCUGAAAAACCUAUAGCUGUGGCAAGGAGUCAAAAAUCAUAAAUGCUACAGCUAAACCAUAAUGUUGGCAACUCUGUAUUUAUAAACACUGGAUACCAUUGCUCAGGCUUUCUGCUGAGUCUUCAUGUUGCCAUCCAGUUUGUAAACGACAUAAUGG